UAAUCCCAACUGAAAGCUCGUGUAGCACUGAUCAUUUUUUAUCUGUCUGAGACUUGAUGAUCAUGCUGCCUGGAGUUGCUUUAGUGCUGGCCUUCGUUAACGUUGGCUUGGUCUAUGGUGCCUGCCCUCACAUAGUGACCAGAGCCGAGUGGGGCGCCCGCCCCUCAACCAGCAACAGCCACCUAGUCAACCCCGUGCAGUACGCCCUCAUCCACCACACCGCGGGCGCCGACUGCCACGACAGGGCGACAUGUGUGGCGCAGGUCAAGCUGACACAGAACUACCACAUGGACGGGCGUGGCUAUUCUGACAUCGGCUACAGCUUCAUGAUUGGUGGCAACGGUGAGGUGUUUGAAGGUCGAGGCUGGGACAGGACUGGCGCUCACACGCUCAACUACAACAGUAUUGGCUACGGUUUCUGUUUUAUCGGCACCUUCACAAGUCACGUGCCCACGGCCGCUGCCCAGCAGGCUGCUAAAGACCUGAUCGCCUGCGGUGUUCAGCUGGGCAAGUUCCGGUCUGACUACAUCCUGAGGGGACACAGGGACGUCGGGGCGACCGAGUGCCCGGGCAACGCUUUCUACCCAGUUAUAAAAACCUGGCCACAUUAUUAAUGUACACAUUCGCGAAACUAUAGGCCUCCACAUAUUAAGACUUUAUCCAUACGUGUGUUGAAUUAAAGCUUUUGUUUAGUU